GUUACCAUUCUCAGUUUUGCCAUCAACAUUCUUAUGCUGGUCACAUGGGAGGCCAAGGGAUCUCUGGAGACACCAGGCAUCAUGGACAACACAACGGGGAUACCACUAGAUUUGGUUGAGUGCGUUACAUGGUCUCUGUGGAGCUUUGCUUUCACACGGACUUGCUCUUAUUGUUUUAAAUGUCUUGUUAAUAUUUUAUUGGACAUGUCUCCAAUUGAGGGCAUUGAGAUUUUACCACUACAAAAAUCUGAGACAUGAAUGUGCCAAUUUCUUUGUCAAGCCUAAUCAUCUUAGACAUACUAUCAGUAUCCUUUAAUGAAAGCAAUAAUUAUCCUUAAACUUUGAAGCAUCCACAACGCUGACCUGUUAAAUUUAAAUAAAGUUGUUGUUUUGGUCACACAUUUCAUUUUAAGCACAUUUGUGGUAGACUUGUGGUAGACUCUCUACAGACAUCUUGACAAUGUCACAGUUGCAAAUAUCUUAAACUAAAUCAAAAUAAAAUCAGCAAACACUAUAAUUCAUUUUGUUAACCUCUAACCCAAGACUUUCUAUCUCUACCCUGUAUGAGAACUAUAUUUAGUUUUGUUACCCUCUAACCCAAGACCUUCCAUCUCUACCCUUAGUGAGAACUAUAUUUAGUUUUGUAAAACCUCUAGCCCAAGACCUUCCAUCUCUACCCUGAGGGAGAACUAUAUUUAUUUUUUUAACCUCUAGCCCAAGACCUUCCAUCUCUACCCUUAGUGAGAACGAUAUUUAUUUUGUUACCCUCUAGCCCAAGACCUUCCAUUUCUACCCUUAGUGAGAACUAUAUUUAUUUUGUUACCCUCUAGCCCAAGACCUUCCAUUUCUACCCUGAGUGAGAACAACUACCAAAUCUCCAUGUAUGUGAUGGGUGGCUGUCACAAUUUCUUGUCUCUGCUGGUGUUUGUCAGCUACUUUGUGUGCAACCAUCCACGACUUCCCAGUAUCAAAAAUGGAGUAAAUGCUUGCAUGUAAGUAUUAGAAUUGGAUAAAAUUAAGCUGAAAAUAAGAGGCUAUUCACACAUUUAAUAGUCAAAUGUACAAUUUUUCCUAGUCUAAAUAUUAAAAAUAAAUUCUCAAUACAUGUAUGUUUUAACACCAGGUUAGUAGUUGAAUUAUGAAUUGUGAAUCCUGGAACUGAUGGUUAAUUGACUGACCACUAAAUAGUGCAUCUUUGUACUGAUGGCUAACCUUUCUGACCACUAAAUGGUGCAUCUUGGUACAGAUGGCUAAUCUGACUGACUACCACGAUUGCACUGUGUCAAGUCCUCUGCGUUAAAGAAACAAAGAUAAGCAGGAUUUUUCUUUAAAACAUUUGUAACUCUCAUCUUUGUAGGAAAACAUCUCUGAGAAAAAAACAAGAUGAUGAAGAAGAGGAGGACAAGAAGAGAAAGCACAUCUCAAAACUAGAUGCUAGAUUCUUCAGUGUUACAACCUUCUACUAUGCUGUAGGUCCAUUAAGAAAACAAGUUUAGGGCAUGUUCCUGGACUAGGAAGUAUUUAAUUUAUACUUGCUUUAAAAAAGUUCAUUUUCCAGACCACUGUUUCUAUUUUCAUUAUUCCUUAAUACCCUGCCUCGUGACUAGGCAUUAAAAAAAAACUAUCAGAACCAAUGAACAUUCCCUAAAUUCAUGAUUGUCUACCCCUGACUAGUUACAAAAUACCAUCAGAACCAAUCAAAAUUCACCUAACUUAUGAUUGUCCACCCUUGACCAGGUACAAAUAACUAUCACAACCAAACAGCAUUCACUCAAACCAAACACUUGUGCAUAAUUUUAAAGAAAUGUGAAAAACUUCAUUUUUUUAAAAUUCCUAAGCUGUUUUGAAAACAUUAAUUUUUUUAAACAAACUUUUACAGGUUUUCUUAGGCUUGUCCAUUGGUGGCACAUUAUCCAAUGGCUACUUCUUUGCCUUUCACCUUCUCAACAUCGUCAACAACAACCAACUGCUGAGUGGGGUCAUCAAGGCCGUCACCCAAAAUGGUCAGUAGUGGUAUUUCUCAAUACUCUUGUGCACUCUUUUGAAGCCAUUGCGCCUAAAUUGUGGAACAGUUUGCCUAAAUCUUUGAGGCUCAUUGAAAAUGAUAAAAUGUCAUUUGAGAACCAUUUAAAGACUUUUUCUUUAAAAAGAUUUUAGGACAUCAGAGCACUGUGAGCUUGCUGAAAUGGCAUGAACACAAGCUCUAUAAAAUUCUCAAUUGUCAUCAUCAUAUUGCCAGAUCUGUUUAGUUUUACGAUUUUGACUUACAAUGGACGAUUUUGAGGUGUAUACAUUAUAUCAGACCAGUUUACCCUCAAACUCUUAAAAUCCUACAAUAUGAUAACAAAAUCGUUCAAUACCUAAUAUUUAUUAGUAAAACAUAAAUAUACAGUAUAUAUAAUGUAUACCCCUCAAAAUCGUACAUUGUACGCCAAAAAUGUAAGAGUAAACAGGUCUGUUAUAUAUAAUUAUGUUUAUUUUUUUACUAUUACGAUAAUGUAUUGAACGAUUUUGUGAUGAUAUUGUACGAUUUUAAGAGUUUGAGGGUAAAUAGGUCUGUAUUGCAAUUAAUGAAAGAACUUGAAAUAAGCACAGAGGAGACUGAGAACCAUAAUGUAAAACAUCUCUUACUUUAUUAGCUGGGAAUCAACUUGAAAUAAGGACAGAGGAGGCUGAGAACCAUAAUUUUAACACACCUCCCAUAAUGCAACACUUCUCCCAACUUGUGCAAAUGUUUUGUUUCCAGGUAAAUCCCUGCUGUGGGUGGGAGUGCUGGGCCUGGUCGUCUUCUACCUCUAUGGUAUGAUUGGGUUUGCCCUGAUGAGGAGCAUGUUCAACCCCGGGGAGUACCUGUACUGCAACACUCUCUGGCAGUGCACCAUCACGGUCAUACGCUACGGCCUCAUUGGGGAUUUGUUUGAGGUGAGGCACAUCUUGGGAUCAUGUAAUUUUUAAAAAUUUGAAGAAAAAUUUAAAAUAAGGGGCAGGGACGAAUUAAAAAUUUCAUUACUUUCAUUUUUUGUGUAAGUAAUAACGAUUUUAAAGACUAAGAAUGUUCAACUCAUACUUUGCUUUUAUACAAGCCAAAAAUGUAACAUUUUCACUUGUAAAAGGAAUGAAUAGCAGGCACUAUGUUAAACUGUAAAAAGGAAUGAAUGUCAGGCACUAUGUUAAACUGUAACAAGAAAGAAUAUCAGGCACUAUGCUAAACUGUAACAAGAAAGAAUAUCAGGCACUAUGCUAAACUGUAACAAGAAAGAAUAUCAGGCACUAUGCUAAACUGUAACAAGAAAGAAUAUCAGGCACUAUGCUAAACUGUAAAAUGGAAUGAAUAUCAGGCACUAUGCUAAACUGUAACAAGAAAGAAUAUCAGGCACUAUGCUAAACUGUAACAAGAAAGAAUAUCAGGCACUAUGCUAAACUGUAACAAGAAAGAAUAUCAGGCACUAUGCUAAACUGUAACAAGAAAGAAUAUCAGGCACUAUGCUAAACUGUAACAAGAAAGAAUAUCAGGCACUAUGCUAAACUGUAACAAGAAAGAAUAUCAGGCACUAUGCUAAACUGUAACAAGAAAGAAUAUCAGGCACUAUGCUAAACUGUAACAAGAAAGAAUAUCAGGCACUAUGCUAAACUGUAACAAGAAAGAAUAUCAGGCACUAUGCUAAACUGUAACAAGAAAGAAUAUCAGGCACUAUGCUAAACUGUAACAAGAAAGAAUAUCAGGCACUAUGCUAAACUGUAACAAGAAAGAAUAUCAGGCACUAUGCUAAACUGUAACAAGAAAGAAUAUCAGGCACUAUGCUAAACUGUAACAAGAAAGAAUAUCAGGCACUAUGCUAAACUGUAACAAGAAAGAAUAUCAGGCACUAUGCUAAACUGUAACAAGAAAGAAUAUCAGGCACUAUGCUAAACUGUAACAAGAAAGAAUAUCAGGCACUAUGCUAAACUGUAACAAGAAAGAAUAUCAGGCACUAUGCUAAACUGUAACAAGAAAGAAUAUCAGGCACUAUGCUAAACUGUAACAAGAAAGAAUAUCAGGCACUAUGCUAAACUGUAACAAGAAAGAAUAUCAGGCACUAUGCUAAACUGUAACAAGAAAGAAUAUCAGGCACUAUGCUAAACUGUAAAAAGGAAUGAAUAUCAGGCACUAUGUUAAACUGUAACAAGAAAGAAUAUCAGGCACUAUGCUAAACUGUAACAAGAAAGAAUAUCAGGCACUAUGCUAAACUGUAACAAGAAAGAAUAUCAGGCACUAUGCUAAACUUUAACAAGAAAGAAUAUCAGGCACUGUGCUAAACUGUAACAAGAAAGAAUAUCAGGCACUGUGCUAAACUGUAACAAGAAAGAAUAUCAGGCACUAUGCUAAACUGUAACAAGAAAGAAUAUCAGGCACUAUGCUAAACUGUAAAAAGGAAUGAAUAUCAGGCACUAUGUUAAACUGUAACAAGAAAGAAUAUCAGGCACUAUGCUAAACUGUAACAAGAAAGAAUAUCAGGCACUAUGCUAAACUGUAACAAGAAAGAAUAUCAGGCACUAUGCUAAACUUUAACAAGAAAGAAUAUCAGGCACUGUGCUAAACUGUAACAAGAAAGAAUAUCAGGCACUGUGCUAAACUGUAACAAGAAAGAAUAUCAGGCACUAUGCUAAACUGUAACAAGAAAGAAUAUCAGGCACUAUGCUAAACUGUAACAAGAAAGAAUAUCAGGCACUAUGCUAAACUGUAACAAGAAAGAAUAUCAGGCACUAUGCUAAACUGUAACAAGAAAGAAUAUCAGGCACUAUGCUAAACUGUAACAAGAAAGAAUAUCAGGCACUAUGCUAAACUGUAACAAGAAAGAAUAUCAGGCACUAUGCUAAACUGUAACAAGAAAGAAUAUCAGGCACUAUGCUAAACUGUAACAAGAAAGAAUAUCAGGCACUAUGCUAAACUGUAACAAGAAAGAAUAUCAGGCACUAUGCUAAACUGUAACAAGAAAGAAUAUCAGGCACUAUGCUAAACUGUAACAAGAAAGAAUAUCAGGCACUAUGCUAAACUGUAACAAGAAAGAAUAUCAGGCACUAUGCUAAACUGUAACAAGAAAGAAUAUCAGGCACUAUGCUAAACUGUAACAAGAAAGAAUAUCAGGCACUAUGCUAAACUGUAACAAGAAAGAAUAUCAGGCACUAUGCUAAACUGUAACAAGAAAGAAUAUCAGGCACUAUGCUAAACUGUAACAAGAAAGAAUAUCAGGCACUAUGCUAAACUGUAACAAGAAAGAAUAUCAGGCACUAUGCUAAACUGUAACAAGAAAGAAUAUCAGGCACUGUGCUAAACUGUAACAAGAAAGAAUAUCAGGCACUAUGCUAAACUGUAACAAGAAAGAAUAUCAGGCACUAUGCUAAACUGUAACAAGAAAGAAUAUCAGGCACUAUGCUAAACUGUAACAAGAAAGAAUAUCAGCCACUAUGCUAAACUGUAACAAGAAAGAAUAUCAGGCACUAUGUUAAACUGUAACAAGAAAGAAUAUCAGCCACUAUGCUAAACUGUAACAAGAAAGAAUAUCAGGCACUAUGCUAAACUGUAACAAGAAAGAAUAUCAGGCACUAUGCUAAACUGUAACAAGAAAGAAUAUCAGCCACUAUGCUAAACUGUAACAAGAAAGAAUAUCAGCCACUGUGAAAGUAUCUUAAACUUUUCAAACCUUUCAGUCAUUUCCCAUUUUAAAAAAAAUUGUUAAUUCCCUAACAUUUAAUACGCUCUCCUGGAAUAUUCCGAUAGUGGUGACCUAGUUUUGUUAUAGUUUUCAAUAAAUUGAUAUUUGCUGUGACAUACUGACUGCACAAUAUGGUUGAAAAAAGUUUUUGAGACUUAACUUGUAAAUUCCUUUGGGAUUAAUCAUCAAUCUGUGUGGUGAAUUUUCUCAUCAAGGUGAUGAAGCCUCACAGCAACGAGAAGACGUUUGAAAGGUUUGGCAUCGUGGUGUUCUACCAUGUGUCCUUCUUCAUCUUCAUCACCACCAUCGGCCUGAACAUCAUCUUUGGUAUCAUCGUCGACACAUUCUCAGAGUUGAGAGAUUUAAAGGUGGGUUCACGAGCGAGCAGCUAG